CUUGCCCGACGGGCCACUGGGGGCCCGCGUGCCAACACCUGUGCCAAUGCCAGAACAACGCCACGUGCGACCCCUUCAACGGCAAGUGCCGCUGCUCCCGCGGCUGGACGGGCGAGCGCUGCGCCGACGAGUGCCCCGUGGGCAAGUACGGCCAGGACUGCGGCGAGAGCUGCCGAUGCCUCAACGACGGCACCUGCCACCACAUCAGCGGCGAAUGCCACUGUAAGCCCGGAUGGACCGGACCCCUGGAGUUGUCGCUGUCUUCCUGGAUGGCAAGGACCUACUUGUGCCAUCCCUUGCCCCAGUGGCACUUAUGGUAUGAACUGCAGUCAGCACUGUAAAUGUCUCAAUGGUGGCAUAUGCAGACGAAAUGAUGGACAGUGUCGCUGCACUCCUGGUUGGAUUGGUGAACAGUGUACUGAAAGUAUGUACGAUCGAUUUGUAGGUUUAUAAACAAUGGGAAAAGUAUUUGGAAAAGUGUGGAAUGCUGAAACUAAUUUGUUUUUUUUUAAACAGUUUGAUACCUUAAUAUCGUAUAUGUCAUGUUUAAUUUACUUAACCCAUAUUUUAAUUGUUUCAGUUUGUCCAGAAGGUUAUUAUGGAGAUCAUUGUAUGACUCCAUGUGAAUGUAAAAGUGAGAACUUCAUUUGCCACGCCAUUGAAGGUUGUAUAUGUAAACAAGGUUAUUCAGAAAUUGAAUAUGAUCACCUUGACUACAGUCGUCCUGGAAGUUCAUGGAGACCUCAUUAUCAGCGCAUGGCAAAUGGAUUAGGUCCUCCAGCCGCAAGCAAAAGCAAUGGAGGAGCUCCUGCGGCAGACUGAGCUGACCUAGUCAUUUUUCAGAGGUGUGUGGAAAUGUAACAGUAAACUCCUGAACCAUAUUGUGUUCAGACUAUCAACUCUGAAGAUACAAUGGAAGAUCCACAGAACCCUCUUACAAAGAGGAUCUAAUGUGCAUUGAUAUUAAUCAUGAUGAAUUGAAUAGAACACUUGAUGUACCUUGUAGGCCCAGUGAUAUGAGAUUACAUGCUCGAUAGGCUGCUCUGAACAAUUAAUGUUGAAGUUUGUUCUACAUGGGUAAGCAGAACAACACAACUGAAAAGGUGCAGCAAUAACAAGUUUCAUGUGGUGUCACAAAAAGGAAUUGAUUUUUAAGUUAUAGAUGUAAAUUUAAUUAAAUUUCUCUAUUAUUUAGUUUUUUGACUUUGUUCCUUAAAACACUCGAAUUAUAUUCUCAAAUCUAUCUGUAAAGUGCAGCAUGAAUUAUUGAUGUUUUAUAUAGAUGUUUAUAAAUUCUUUGUAUGUGAUAUUAAUUUUAUUUGAAUUCUGUAGUUUAUUUAACAUUUCACUUUUUAAUUUUAUUUUAAAAAGAACUUUUUAUCAGAAUCUGUACAAAUUAUUUUAUCUUUAAUCUUGUGUUUGAUGAAGUGUUGACUCAAACUAAAGCAAUGCAUAUAAAUAUAGAAUGAAAUGCAUUUCUCAAGACUUUUGCAUAAGAUUAAAGCUUAAGCAAUGAACUAUUGAUUAAGAUUAUUGAAAUGUACAUUGUGAUGAACGAUAGUUAAAAGUAUAUUCUUCCCUUGAUUGUUGAACUUGGAUAUUUUUAUUGUCAUUCAAAAACAAUAUUUGAUACUUUUAGGUACAUUCCAGAUGUCAGGAGGUGGAGAAUAUUUGUAAUGUAAAAAUUGAAUAAAUGAUUUAUCUUAGAAUUCUUCUGUGGUGUUCAAAUUUUUCACCUGAAAUUCCAAGAAAAUGCUGCUUUGUAAAUUGUUU